GAACUCAGUAUUGUGUUUCUCAUUUGAAGCCUGAGCUUGUGGUCACCCCCACGCGGAUAAAUUGAGUGAUAGAUAGCUCUUCUUCAUCUACAUCAAGAUUUUCAGCCUCUCCAAAUAUCAUAUCUUUCCCAGUUUGAUCUCUCUGCUUUUUUUUUUUUUUUGUUCACUCAGUAUCCUCCUUCUUACCAUGGAAAUUCAAGCAUAGAAGAGAAGGUUCCACCGUCAAAAUCAAUCACUCUGGAUUUGGCACUUAUCCAUUAGCUUGUAAUUUUUUUAUUUUAUUUUCUGUCUCUCAAGCCUAUAUAUUUUGUGAAAACAAACUCUCUGGAAUUUCUUCUAGAUUACAUAACUUUUUUAUGUGAUUUCUGUCUGGUUCCACUAAAAGUCUAAAACUCAUUUUUGUCUUCUUUUUCGCUUUCUGCUUAGUGGAAUCUAACAACCCAUUUUUCCUGAAGCUCAAUUUGGAUCUUAAUACACACCAACCACACACUCCUUAACCCUUUGAAUGCCAUUUUCCCACUCAUUUCUUAAGUUCAUAGUUCACUUCCUAAAAACCACACACAAGGCCUCCUCAAUCACUUCAAAGGUUUGAACUUUGUUGCCAAAUUUUUCAAACCCAUUUCCCCUCUAUUCAUAAAGUGCUUGAAAUUCAAGUCCUUUUAGGCACCGAAGGAUGCAAGACCCAACAACAUUCCAACCCAUGAAGCCUAACUUUCCUGAACAAGAACAACUCAAAUGCCCACGUUGUGAUUCCACAAACACCAAAUUCUGCUACUACAACAACUACAACCUUUCACAGCCUCGCCAUUUUUGCAAGAAUUGUAGAAGGUAUUGGACCAAAGGUGGUUCUUUGAGAAACAUCCCAGUUGGGGGUGGAAGCAGAAAGACCACAAAACGUUCAUCAUCAAACUCCAAGCGUUCUGCAUCAUUAUCUUCCCCAUCACCAUCAGUGUCCUCUGCAGCACAGGUUGCAGCUCCAGAGGCUGACCCGACCCGGGUUUACACUAACCCGGUUGAUCAAGACCAACGGGUCCUGAACAUUGGUGGGAGUUUCAGUUCCCUUCUGGCAUCAAAUGGGCAUUUUGGGAAUCUCUUUGAGGGUCUGAAUUCAAGUGGGUCAAGUCUAAAAAUGGUGCAAAUGGGUGAUUUUGAGGAGAAUGUGAGUUGUGGCCCAGUUGUGAAUUCGGAUUCGGGUAGAAACCCGGGGUUAGAGAUGCAGAGUAAUGGGAACUCAGAGAGCUUUAUGGGUAUGCAAAAUGGUGAUUCAGGCUGUUGGAAUGGCAGCCAUGGCUGGUCUGAUCUUGCAAUAUACACACCUGGCUCAACCUUUCAGUAGAAGCAGAGUUUUUUUAAGGAAAAAAAGAAAAAAAACUGAGCCUUUCUGGUUUAAUCCAGCUUCUCAAUUAUGCUGAUUGUUCUUUUUUUAUAAUCAGACACUAUGGUUGUGUAAAGUAAAGAGUUAUAUAAUUUGCCAAGCCUAUGGAUGGCAUGCUAUGGAGAAUCAUAAACCAGAAGGGCAUUAAAGCAGCAUCCUCUAGGUAAAGGCUUUUUACAUAUUUAUAUAUAUAUGGUUGUGAUUGGUGUUCUUCAAAUUAACCAAUGGUGCAUAUUGGAAAAAGAGAAGAAAGGGAAGUCAUUUUUUGAGGGGAUAGUGUAGAGGGAUGUGAAUUAUUGUAGUGACUUGUCGUGAUCACAUGUAAUUCGGUAUAAGUUUUUCCAUAGCUUUUGAAGCAUUCCUAGAUAUAUGGAAGUUUACUAUAUGACAAGUUGUUGUGCAUUAUGUUUAGAUAUUUGAGGGUAUGUGCGGAGGAUAUGGAGAAAUCUAAAGUACAUUGUUUGAAGUUAUAUAUAUUGUUUGUACCUUGUCAAUGGAGGGCCUGACAACUGACACCUUGUUUUUACUCUCUUAAGUUUCCCAUAUGAAUUUGGGUGUUACA